UUCUUCUCACGAUCUUUUCAGUAUUGUUUUCAAGCUUUGCUCCUUCCUUUCCUUUCCGUUUCCGCGAAAUAUCUUGUGACGGCCGCAACCGAAAUACGACGCGAGCAGAAGAGGAGGUGCCAUAUUCUUGCAUACGAGCGAUCCUAGAUUUAGCAGCACGAAAAUGAUUACGGCGCUACCAGUACCUUCGGUGAAGGUCUUUCACAAGACUUAUUACCAGGAAAAAAGUUCGCGGAUAGGAAAUAGUCAGCCGGGUAGCCCAUUGGCGGAAAGCGAGGCAGUACUGACGAUAGAUAAGGAAUCGCCGGAGUAUUAUUUCUGCGGACAGGUCAAUUCGUUGUACGUCGUCGUUGGCUCGCUGCUGAUGGGAGCGGUGGUGCUAGUCGUCGGUUUGGUACAACUCGCGCCAGGUGCAGAGGCUGCCCAGAACUCAGCAGCUUUGAUCGCCACAGGAAGCAGUCUUUUAGUAAUAGGAGCAUUCCUCGCGCCGUUGCGAGCGAUUUGUAUCAAAAAGCAGAACAUGGCUCAAAAGGAAAGUACUCAUCAGCGCAGCGUCACCAGCAUAGAUAUGUUGCUGGCCCAGCACAGGGACUUCACCGUCCUGACGCCCGACGAGCUCGAGGACCUCGUGAGUCGACCGGUGUCCAAUAAUCUGGAGAACAAGCUGCAUAAGCAGGAUCACAACACCUAGGUACUAACUGCCUCGAGGAGGGCACCGCCUUCCGUGUUGUCAUCGUUUCCGCCGUGCUCGAACACCACUACGUCACCGUCAUCUGUCGCGUUAAGACCAAGCUCCUCCAUUUCAUACACACAUCGUUACGAUACGCGCGAGCAUAGUUUGGUUUAAUUAAUGUGCAUUCAUACCGUCGCUGUCAUUAGCGUAGGACCGCAAGGGGCCUCCUUAUGCAUUUUUUCUAACGCGUGUACCGCGCAGCCGUGAGACCCGCAAGCGAGACGCGGAACUCUUUCGAGGAUAUAUUUUACUUACUUGCCAAUACGAGCGAAGAGACAGCCGAUGUACAGCACACAGAUUUUAUCGUUUCCCAAAAUAUUCUCGUGACGAUCAGAGAAGUUUCGUCGAUUCAUUCUGCCAUCAAGAUGAAUUAGCCGUGCGGAAUAAUUUCUACCAUACGUACGAAUUCGAAAUCUCGUAAGCGUUUUUGAAAAACGUAUAUUUCUUAUUUUAUAUGU